CAAGAAAGGCUAUAGUCGCACAGAGGCUAUGCUGCGCAUAGAAUCGGCGCAUCAAGAGAUUGAUGGCCGCCCGCCUAUGCCCCCUCUUGGCGAAGAUGCGCGUCCUAAGUAUCGGCUUGGCUUCGAUCUGCUGAAGGUCUGGGUUGAAGAUAACUUGGAUCUGUACAAGCCUGAACUCAGACGUGUGCUGUGGCCGCUGUUUGUCUACACCUUCAUCAACAUGGUGUCCUCGUUUAAGCCUCAAGAGGCGAAACAAUUCUUCGACAUGAACAAGAACCUCUUCUUGCCGGAGCACACAGAAGAUGUUCGCGCUUUGGAGCCAAUCAGUCUCCCAGAACAUGUUCAGGACAACGCUACUGCCAAGCUCUAUAGAACUAACAAGUACCGCUUGGUCUUGAGUAACCCGGCAUUCUCAAACCUGAUGCAAUUCUUGGAGAGCAAGCAGAAGGAGGGCGGAUCUGAUAUGACUGCCAUCCUGAGCAGUUACUGUACCAUUAUCACAAAAGAGCGCACUUCCGACGACCGAUUUAGUUUCGCCGCGAUGCUCGGCCAAAGUGAUGGCACCCAGACCUUUCCCAGCGAAGAUGAGGGUAUUCCUGGUCACCACCCCGGGUCUGCUUACACCGGAGAUAACCCGAACAUGGCCGGAACCUUGCCUAGACUGAAACUUGGAAAAUUACCACUUGAGUCGACCCUGGAGACUGAUGUACGCGGCGAGCUCGCGGACGAAGACGCCAAGCAUCCUCCUGGCCCGGGCCAAAACACUUUGAUCCAAGAGUUUGAGCAGAUGAUCAAGAAAGAGGACGACGAAGAGGCACCUACUCGCGCUGAUAUCCCGUAUCCCCCAUCAACCGCUCGAGAUGUCGCGAUCGAGGUUCAAAAGGUCAAAGAGAACCGCGACAGGUUUAGGAUCGAAGGUAGAACCGGUGGUGUUGGGCCGGCCGUUAGUGUCUGCAUGUUUACAUUCCAUAAUACCUACGAUGGCGUCAACUGCCUGGACUUCUCCGAUGACCUUAUGCUCGUUGCGGCUGGUAUGCAGGAGUCUUAUAUUCGGGUCUGGAGCAUGGAUGGGAAGCAGAUCCAGUCGACGUACGACAAUGUGGAUGAUGCGCCCUCAAAUUCUCGUCGCCUGAUUGGGCAUGCUGGACCCGUCUACUCUGUAGCAUUCGCGCCUUCUAUUACGCGUGCCGACAAUGCCAUUGCGCCGACUAAUGCCCGUUGGUUGCUCUCUUCAUCAGCCGAUCGAACUAUCCGUCUCUGGUCCCUGGAUCUGUGGCAAUGCAUGGUAGUUUACAAGGGCCACGAUCAGCCCGUCUGGGAUUUGCAGUGGGGCCCAUUCGGUCACUACUUCGUGUCUGGUGGCCAUGACAAGACCGCUCGCCUCUGGGUCACCGACCACAUCCGUCAACAACGUAUCUUCGUCGGACACGACCAGGAUGUCGACUGCGUCUGCUUUCACCCCAAUUCGGCGUAUAUCUUCACCGGUAGCUCCGAUCACACCGUGCGCAUGUGGGCCGUGACUACAGGAAAUGCCGUCCGUAUGUUUACCGGCCACACAGGAAACAUCACAGCUCUGUCGUGUAGCCGUGAUGGAAAGCUCCUCGCAUCAGCCGAUGACCACGGGUCGAUCCUUCUUUGGGACCUGGCCCCAGGACGACUUCUCAAGCGCAUGCGCGGUCAUGGCAAGGGUGGCAUUUGGUCCCUCAGCUGGAGCGUCGAAUCGAAUAUUCUAGUCUCUGGUGGUGCUGACGGUACCGUCCGCGUCUGGGACGUGGCUGGUCCUGCACAGGAUCCGUCUCAGGGUCGGGUUGUCGGUGAGGGCGGCGCAGGAACCAAGGUCGACGGCGGCAAUCCCCCUGCGGCCAGCACACAAGCCUCCAGCUCCGUCGGACCUGGCAUUGGAAGCAAGAAGAAGGGCAAGGAUGUGGUCGUAACGCCUGACCAGAUCAGCGCGUUCCCGACCAAGAAAAGUCCAGUAUACAAGGUCAAGUUCACCAAUAUGAAUCUGAUCAUGGCUGGAGGUGCUUAUCUUCCUUGAAAGGGGUCGACGGAGGAGAAGGGUUGUGUGAAUUGCAUGCACAGUGGCGCCAGAUACCCGUUUCUCUUUAUCUUUUAUCUUUAUUUAUUGCAAUUUUAUCACCCCAAUUUGCUUUCUUGUCGAGACAUCUUGUUUCCUCCCUGAUUGCAUUGCCGCAUGUAUUCGUUAAUGAUUUGGCUGAAGAAUUUGGCGGCGUCCUGGAUGGAAAACGCAAAUGGAAUGGCCAGCGGGCUUUUGGUGUUUAUUUGGCAAGCAGCAUUUUGUUUCAAUGUUGGAGCGGGAACCUUUGUGAAGAAACGAGAACACAAAAACAC